AGGAGCUGCUGCUUGUUUCGGAGCCAGCGCCGAGUCAGCGAAGUUUGAUCUCCGGCUGCCAUGCAGAAGUCGGGGUCCUCUGCAGGAUGGGGGUGCCAUGGCCUGAUCCCUCUCUCCUGGUCCCCGUACCCGGCACCAGGCGCUUCCCCCUCCUCCCCCUCAUCCCUGUCUCAGCCUGGAGGGGAUUCCUCUCCACUGGGGAAGAAGCUGUUCAGAGCUGGGGCCUCAGACUCCUCCACCCGGCUGGGAGGUCAUCCGCGGCCUCCACGGGCGGCCAGGGCACAUUCUGAGGCCGCCUUCCCCUCCCCAGCGGACAUAUACGACAAGGUGUCGGGCGAGAUGCAGAAGAAGGGCUAUGCCUGUGAGUGCCUGGGCGGCGGGCGCAUCUCCCACCAGAGCCAAGACAGAAAGAUCCACGUGUACGGCUAUUCCAUGGGUUACGGUCGUGCCCAGCACUCUGUCUCCACUGAGAAGAUCAAGGUCAAGUACCCCAACUACGAGGUCACCUGGGCCGAUGACGGCUACUGAGGCCUGGCCUGCCACCCUUGCUGGGAUCCCUCCUGAGGGGCUGGCCAGCAUUUCCCUUGUGCACCCGGCAACGUGCCACCGCCAACCUCAGGCAGCCUGGCCCGUAGAAAUUAAAAGUCUCACCACAUCUGCCA